CGCUGAUUGGACAAUACUAGCAUUUUGGGGGUGAUCAGUUCAGUACCGGCAGCCAUAUUUUCUCACUUGAUUGUAGCUUGCGGUGUCGCAGUCACGCCGCCACCAGCGGUGCGCCGUGAGGAGCCAAGAGGUUCGGCGCUUAGAAGAAAUCUCGGCACUCGAGAGGGCAUAGUACUCUUCUCUUCUCCAUUUCCGCUACCUCUUUUUAUUUCGCUGGUUUCAUAUACUUCAAAGUUGUCUUAUUUCAUUCAUCUUGUCUAUUCAUAUAUUACACCUAUUUUAAGAACAAAAGUACUGCUCGACAUGCCUUCUGCAACAGUUUCCUCAUACACCCCGCUCGUCACAGAACAGCCGAAUGGCUACGACGGUAGAAACCAAGGGCAAAGCGGCACCGAGGCUGGUGCCUCUGGCGACAGCUCUGCUAACUCUAUUAGCCUAUCAACAGGUGGCAUGAUUGCCAUUAUUGUUGUCGUUGUCAUUGUAGCAAUCAUUGGAGCCGUCACCGCAACUCUCUUCUUCAUUGCAAAGAAACGCGAAUGGACUAUCAAGGAGACCAUUAGACGAUCGGCAGCCAAGGUCAAGAGAGUUAUGACACCAAAGCGAACCGAAUUCCCCGACUCCGUCAAGCGCCAGAUGGGUGGUUCGACUGGACGACGAGAUCGUCGACCAAGCACUUCCAGAUCCUCUGCCGAUGAUGUUGAAAAAGCUUGGCCAUUGCCAGCAGACAAAAAGCAGAGCCGUCGCUAGGUUAUCAAAGGUGGUAUGAAAUAUGCCCAGGCGCAUAUUCUUUCGUUUCGGUUACUGGAUAAUGAUUUUAUGGCGUUUUGUGGUACAGUCUUCGUCUUUUUCCAUCUCAAGGGGCUUGCUGAUAGUAUUGAGGUUGAACAUUUUGUGCAUUGUAGAGAUAUAUAGGUAGCACAAGUAAAUAUACCGCUUAUAAGGUACACCUUACAUCUUGCGAAAUGUGUUGGAGCUUGCGCUACGUCGGCCGGCAUUAGCUCGUCUCUUGGGUGCUUCUUGCUCUUCGGAUUCUCCAGGCUUCUUCCUCCUCGAUGCUGGCACAAAGGUAACAGAGCGUUCACCGACGAUGUCACCGCCACGUCUUCCUUCACGGCCACCCUUGGCUUGCCUAGAACCGAAUGCGGUAUCUUUGAGAGGUCGGCCGUGAUUCUGCGUCGAUGUAACUCGCAUAACCAUACCACCAGUAGUAGAAGGCUGCCCGCGAAUUUCAUCAUCGCUCGAGUCAUCAUCGGAGUCUUUGCCUUGGUAUCGGGUAGGCUUUGGAGCGGGCUCAGUCGGUUGAUCAACAACAGUGCUGGGGUUGAUAAGACGGAAUUCACGACUUGUUUCGUCCACCAUGAAUUCUUCAUCUUCGAACAGCUUCGUGAAACGGUCAUCACCGAGAAGACCAGCUUUGGUAUCAACCUUUUCACGGUUCUCCUGUUUCUUAAGCAACUUGUCGACCAGCUUCUGGUUAACCUUGACCUUCUUGGUUCCUCUGAUUCUGCUGGCACGUUCCUUCUCAACCUUAUCCUUGACGCGCUUAACUCUCUCUUCCUCCCAAGCAUAAGGAUUGACAAUAAGCUUGGCCUGCUCGUAUAGCUUAGUUGCAACAAAGUAUCCGUGCAUAUAAGGUCGUAGCAAAUUGCUCUUGCCCACCAGAUGUGCCAAGCUGAGUUGCUUGAGCUCGGGUAAUGUCAGGAACUUGUAGUUGUCGUAAGUUUCUGUGUGAAUCUCCUCUGCCAUCUCUUCCACCAUGUUGUCCAGGAACGCACACCAUUUUGGCGCGGGUCCAAGUUGAGGAACGAAGAAGGCGUGCUGCUGUUUGCCUUCAUUGGCAGUCAGAAGCAUACCGCUAUCCUUGCACCAUGCGACAUCGUUCAAAUCUACAAUAGGCUCGACUGACGUCCAUGGGUCACCGGUGGCUUCGUCCCAAAUCUUGAUAAUACGCUUGUCUGCGGACAUGAUCUUCUUUUCUUGUGAUGAUGUGGUCAUAUGUAUGAGAUUUUGCACAGCAAAACCAUAGCCAUGAUCCUUCUUUAACAGUGGUGUUGGGCGUCGCAAGUCGAAUAACUGGACCAUACCAGUUGACGAGCCGGUUGCCAGCGACAAGCCAGAACGGUGGAAAUCCAGGCAAGUGACCGCACCGUCAUGGCCGGCAAGGAGAGCUGCUCUGGACUUGGAUCGUGGAUCCCAGAACUCAACCGUUCCAAUAGAAGUACCAAAAGCGUGCAGAUUGUGCGACUCUUCGGCCGUGGCGACGCAGUUCACACUGCCAACAUCAAUGCCACCUUGCAGACCACCGCCAGUCAACUCAUCAUCACCACCAACGUCAACCUGAAACGACUUCAUGAAACGUCCCAUUUCCAAAUUCAGACGAAACACCUCGCCCUUGCCCUCGGCGUCGAUACCAACGGCUGGCACAAGCGCUUCGGUAGAGGGGCGAUCAUAGACAACGCCUCGACCAUAGCGUGGUAGACGCACUUCGUAGUGGCAGCCCAUUGGUGUGUGUAAUUCGAGUCGGCGGUCGGUCUGUAGAUGUAAUGAUUUUGAAUAAUCCGAAGAUAAGAGGACGAAGCUGUGGUUUAGAGAGUUGGUGUGGCGGGCAAAGGACAGGCCAAGCUGGGGAAGAUUAUGAACGUGCAUCUGAGGUUUGUAGGUGCCGGUGCUCAUGACCCAUUCACCAUCUUCACUGAUUCGAAUACAGUUACUAGCCUCUUCAAAUUCAAAAUCCUGGAGCAGCUCGACUCGGUUUUGGUACUCGGCAUCGUUCUUAAGACUUCGCUUGCGGCGACGAGCAAGCCAGUCUGGUAGUGGGCGUGCAGUAGAAGCACCGGAUAUAGUAUACACGGGCACGGUGCCCGGAUUCGAAAGCUUCAUGGCGACAAGAUUUUGGUAAAGUCCUGUCUUGUUGAAGAGGUGGUUGAAUAUUUCCAAGGCUGCAAAAUGCUACCAGCAAAAAAAAAGUUUGGGAAUAAUUCUGCCGUCUACAUCCAAAGAAAAAAUACAGGGACUCCACUUUUGGACGGCGGUCGGUGA